CAGCGCUCUCCACCGACAAUGCCGAAAAUCUACAAGCCCGGAAAAGUCGCCAUCGUCCUCCAAGGACGGCAGGCUGGCAAGAAGGUCGUCGUCAUCAAGCAUCUUGAUGACGGCACCAAGGAGCGCAAGUACCCCCAUGCUAUCGUUGCAGGCAUUGAGCGCUACCCGAAGAAGGUAACCAAGCGGAUGGGUGCCAAGAAGCUUGCCAGGCGCAACAAGGUCAAGCCUUUCAUCAAGGUCGUCAACUACACCCACCUCUUCCCUACCCGUUACCAGUUCGAGCUGGAAGGAUUGAAGGACUCCGUUAAGCCCGAAACCUUCAAGGAGCCAUCAACGAGGGAGGAUACGAAGAAGAACGUGAAGAAGAUGCUGGAGGAGCGUUACACAUCUGGCAAGAACCGCUGGUUCUUCACACCAUUAAGGUUCUAGAUGUUGUGCGAGUGGGUUGUCCUGUCAGCAUGGGCUUGUCUGUAGUACGGUCCAUGAUGCAUCAUCAUGUUAUGAAUCCAUGAUUAUGUGCCGCAUCCUUUUGUGUGCCUCUAUGCGGUUCACACCCGUUGAUUACAUUGAUUGUUGCGCAUUCCCGUAUCUGCGUCCACGUCUGUAUACACC